ACAUUACUCAUUAACACUAAUCAAUCUUCACUUAAUUCUGGCUUCAUAAUAUCCCCCUCAUUCCAAAUCUUCAUCCCAUCUCAUUCUUUUCCGGCUUGCAGGUUCGUGUAACACGAUGAAGAGCUUGCUCAACCACAAUUUUGGUGGAGUACUUGACGGAUUCCAAUCAACCAAUUCCGAGUUGUCGAUGAUGAUGGGCAGUAAUAAUGUCUAUAAUGGUUAUAUUGGAAGUGGAAUUGAGAAUGAUUGUAUGCAGCAGCUUGCUUAUGGAAGCAUUGAUGUUCCUUCUCAACAAUUUUCUUACAUUUCACCAGUUACAUAUUCAUCCUUGAUGCCUAUGCCAAUUGAAAAUCUCGACCUUGCAUCAUCUCCCCCUCAUUUGGGGGACUAUCGUUGGAGUUUAUCUUGUGACGACUCUAUCAAGAACGACAUCGUUUCGGCUCAACCUUACAAACCAACAAUUAAAGAUGUAAGGAAAAGUGUAAUCGGGGCUAGGCUUGCACAAAGAAACAAUGUUUUCGGUAACAUGGGAAGCCUUGAAACAUCACGGUCUAGUAAGAAAAGGAAGGUGAUCGAACAAUUUGUCGAUACUCGAAAAUUUAAGAUGCAGGCACCAGUUAAGAGGAGCCAAAAGUUGAGCGAUAAAAUUUCUGCUCUCCAGGAACUUGUAUCUCCUUAUGGAAAGACGGAUACUGCUUCAGUUCUUCAAGAGGCUUGUAUCUACAUCAAAAUAAUUCAUCAAGAAAUUCGGAGGCUCGGCAUUUCCUAUUUUGAAUUGAGAUCGUCGCUACAAUCACAUUUACAGGGUGAUAUAGAGAGACAAAGUGACCUACAAAGUAAAGGACUAUGUUUGGUUCCAGUAUCAACCAUGAAGACAAUAACAAAAGAAAGUUUGGGUGCUGAUCAUCAGACUGCAUCAAGGACCUUUAGAAGAUCUGCAAAUAUUUAAUUUUGAUUUUUCAUCAUAAAAGUAUAUACAUAAAAAAAAUUAGAUAUUUACUACAUUUUGGUUUUUGUAUAAAUCAUUCCUGAUUUUUGGAUUAUAUACAUUAUUAAGUGUUGAUUGAUGAAGAAUUUAUUAAAUAUAGGGGAUUUGAAGAGUUAAUGAAAGGAUUGCUCAUUUGCUCAAUUGGCAUAUGCUAGAAUUAGCUUAAACUUUUGUUUUACUUGUAUUUUUGUUUAGUGUAGUACUAGGUCCACUAUUUGUAGAUCAAUAUUUACUGAAUGUAGAAUGUUUUCGUAUAAAAAGACUAA